AUGAAGGCAGUCGAAGCCUUUGUCGAUGGACUCAACAUCUUGUCUGUCGUCAUCCUCUACUCACUACUAUGGCUCAUUACCCCGAAGAUGCCAAAUUCGGACCCGUCGGGUCCAAAGACGAACAAGGUAUACGAUGUACUCAUGCGGCUCUCGUACAUCAUCAUCUUCAUCCUUGGCUGGAUCUGGUGUAGUAACGUUAUGGCCCAUGUCGACAAGCCUUACUUGGAUGAGGUUUUUCACAUACCCCAAGCUCAGAAAUUCUGCCAGGGUCGAUGGGACGAGUGGGACGACAAGAUCACCACCCCUCCCGGGCUGUAUGUUCUCUCCAAAUACUACCUGCAAGUGAUGAUGCGGCCAGAGUGCUCUGUUCUUGACCUUCGCGGCGUCAACAUCGUUGCCGUCCUUGGCGUCGGCAUCCUCGCAACCCACUGUCGCCAUCUCCUGGAGACCCGUCGUCCCGAUGCCGAGUCUCCAGCACCACCCGCCGUGCUGUCCUUCCACUCGAUCCAUCUCGGCUGGAAUUUUACCCUCUUUCCGGUCCUCUUCUUCUUCUCGGGUCUGUAUUAUACAGAUGUCGUCUCGACGCUGUCCGUACUGGCGGCUUAUUAUCACCACCUUUGUCGAGUGCAGGAGGAGAGGAGCUCGUUCCUGAGUGACUGGACGACCAUCGUCGUUGGCGUUUUCACCCUCAUUAUGAGACAGACGAACGUGUUCUGGGUUGUCGUGUACAUGGGCGGUUUGGAGGCUGUUGCGGCCGUCAAGGCUCUGCGUCCUAAGCCCGUGCCGAAGGCUACAAUGACGACCCUGGGAGAAUAUGUCAGAUUUUACACCUGGAGAUACUCUGUCGGGGAUGUCCAUGACCCUCCUCUGAACACUGCAUGGCCAGACGACUUGUUCUUCUCUGCCCUGAGCAUCGGCAUCGCAGCCCUAGCAAACCCUCUCUGCGUCUUAAGGAAGGUCUACCCGCACAUUACCAUCAUGGGUCUCUUCGCUGGCUUCGUAGCCUGGAAUGGUGGCGUAGUAUUAGGUGACAAAUCCAACCACGUCGCGACGCUCCAUCUCGCCCAGAUGCUCUACAUCUGGCCCUUCUUCGCCUUCUUUUCCUUCCCGCUCUUCCUUCCCUUCGCCAUUGGCGUCCUUCGUUUUGUCCGCGGUAUCUUUACCGCCCUCUCUGGGAAACCCGCCUCGAAGCCUUCGGAAACCAGUCCAUCGGCGCCAGACCGCAAGCACACGCUGGCCGAGACCACCCAGACCGGCUCGUCUAAGAAGCAAAAGAUCCGGACCCAAGGAGAAACUGACCUACAAACUUCCUCAUCCCCAAAUACUCCUAUGAGCUCACCCAUCCUCAACGCCCUCCAAACCCUCGUCCAAUCCAAGGUCUACCAUCUCGUCCUCACGCCCUUCCUCAUCCUCCUAACCCUCGUCGUUGUCCGCUUCAACACCAUCAUCCACCCCUUCACUCUCGCCGACAACAGACACUACAUGUUCUACGUCUUCCGGUACACGAUCCGCCGCCCCGGUCUGUUCCGCUACUACCUCGUCGUCCCCUAUACCAUCGCCCGCUGGCUUUGCUGGGACGUCCUUAGUGGCUGCGGCCAGGGCGGGUUGUUGUCAGACCACACGGAGGACUGCUCGGGCGGCCCCUUCGAGAACAACCCGUUCAGCAGUUCAAGUCUGCAGGCGCGCGCAGGGAAGCCACCUAUCACGGAGCCACUGGAGAAUUCUGAGACCACCGCGCAUAACGACGACGACGAGGCAGAAAAGAGACGCUACGACCCCUUCGCCAUCAUCACACUCGCUGACCCCACUUCGCAGAGCACAGAACCCCCCGCCUCGUCGACCGCGAUCCUUCUCCUUCUCGCGACGACCCUGUCUUUGAUGACGGCGCCGCUCGUCGAGCCGCGCUACUUCAUCCUCCCCUGGGUCUUCUGGCGCAUUCUGGUCCCGGCAUGGAAACUUCACGAGCACGCCGCCACGCACCCGGCCUUGACCAAAAUCGAGCGCCUCCCGGGGCUGGGACCCUUGGUCCGCUUCGGGAAAAGGUUUGACAUCCGGCUCGUCUUGGAGACGCUGUGGUUUGUGUUGGUCAAUCUGGUCACCAUGUACAUUUUCCUUGCCAAGCCGUACCUGUGGAGAGCCGAUGACGGCAGGGUCCUGGACAAUGGUAGGAUGCAGCGAUUCAUGUGGUGA